UCCAAUUCUUCGUUCCAACCAUUUCAAUCCCUCGAGAAUUUGGGAUUUUAUUACAUGGGAAAUUGGAAAGAAUGGUGUCCUUUUCCAGACAACAUGUUUCCUUUUCCUCGUCUCAAGACUCUGAGGUUAGUAAGGUGUCCCAAAUUGAAAGGACAUUUACCUAGUCAUCUUCCUUCCUUAGAAGAGAUUGAAAUAUAUGAUUGUGAUCAUCUCUUGGCAACACCACCUACUCCACAUUGGCUCUCCUCAAUAAAAAAGAUUCGUAUUGUGGAAGAUUCAGAUUCAAUAAGCAAUACUGAAAGGAACCAAUACUCAUUGCUCGAGAGUGAUUCUCCAUGUCUGCUGCAAACAAUAGACAUAUGGAGCCGUCAUAUGCUAAAAUCUGUACCUAAAAUGAUUAUAAACAGCACCUCUCUUCGAGAAUUGGAUCUCAAUGGUAUUAGUUCUCUCACUACGAUUCCAACGAAUGGCUUACCCACUUCUUUGCAAUCACUUUCUAUUACAAAUUGUGAGAACUUAGCAUUCUUUCCUCCUGAAAUGUGGAGCAAUUACACAUCCCUUGUGACUCUUACAUUAGAAGACUGCAAUGCACUUACCUCCGUCCCAUUGAAUUGUUUUCCUAUGCUCCAAAAUUUUUCCAUCUAUGAUUGUAACAGUUUGGAAUCUAUUUUUAUUUCAGAAACUUCUUCCUGUAGCUCUUCAACCCUCCAAUCUUUUCAUGUCCGUGAUUGCGAGGAACUUAGAUCACUACCUCAACGGAUGGGCACCCUCACCGCUCUUGAAAAGAUAUUUCUACGCAAUCUUCCAAAAUUGAAUUUAUCAUUAUGUGAAGGAGUUUUCCUACCUCCCAAUUUACAAUCAAUUGUGGUAGAUUCUGUGAGGAUAACAAAGCCGGUAACAGAGUGGGGUUUCCAAUGUCUCACUGCUCUUUCAUCAUUGCAAAUUAUGGGUGAUGAUAUUGUGAACAUAUUGCUCAAAGAGCCGUUAUUGCCCAUUUCCCUUGUGUCUCUAUAUAUCGUUGGUCUCUCUGAAAUGAAAUGCUUAGAAGGAAAUAGACUUCGACACCUCUCCUCUCUAGAAUUCCUUUUCUUUGCUGAUUGUCCAGGGCUUGUAUCAUUGCCAGAAAAAACCUUCCCCUCCUCGCUGAAAUCACUUGAUUUUUAUGAGUGUACAAGACUAAAGUCAUUCCCAGAAAACAGUCUUCCUACCUCUCUUGAGGUACUGUGCAUUUCUAAUUGCCCAUUGUUAGAAGAAAGGUAUAAAAGGAAGGAACAUUGGUCCAAAAUUGCUCACAUCCCAGUCAUAAGAAUAAAUGAGCAAGUCACAAUAUGAGUCAUGGCCAUUGAGAAGCUAAGAGAAUGAAGAAUU